AGCAUCCCAAGUGAGCCAGAAUGCACGCCAGUCUCUCUUCCCAAAUCACCGCUUCCUGCUUCCGCGUUAGGCUCAAUCACGUGACCCACGUCUGAUUGGCGGCGUCACUCCUAGUGCAAAUAUGGCUGCGCCGAGAAGGAAUCUUCUGCAUAGUGAGCAGCAGAGCUGGACAGAUGAUCUCCCUCUCUGCAACCUUUCUGGGGUUGGAUCUGCUUCAAAUCAGACUUACAAUUCUGAGGGCCUUGGGAAGGAGGAGCACCCAUGUGAAGAUAACUGGAUAAAGUUCAGGGGUGACAAUAAUAUUUAUCUUUAUGGAGUGUUCAACGGGUAUGAGGGUACCAGAGCCACCAACUUUGUGGGUCAGCGGCUUGCAGCAGAACUCCUUCUGGGGCAGUUGCACCCUGAUGUUACAGAUGCAGAGGUCCAUAAAGUGUUGCUACAGGCAUUUGAAGUUGUUGAAAGAAGUUUUCUGGAUUCCAUUGAUGAUUCUUUAGCGGAAAAGGCCAGCCUACUGUCCCAGCUUCCAGAGGGUACACUUCACCAGACACUUCCAAGCCAGUACCAAAAGAUUGUGGAUCGGCUUAACAUUCUUGAAAAGGAAAUCUAUGGGGGUGCCAUGGUCAUUGUGGUGCUUAUUGUGAACAGCAAACUUUAUGUUGCAAAUGUUGGAACAAACAGAGCACUUUUGUGUAAAUCGACAGUAGACGGGCUCCAAGUGACUCAGCUCAAUGCCGACCACACUACGGAAAAUGAAGAUGAGAUAUUCCGUCUUUCUCAACUGGGACUGGACACAACAAAGAUUAAACAGGUGGGGGUUAUUGGAGGCCAGCAAAGUAUGCGCAGAAUUGGAGACUACAAGGUCAAGUACAGCUUCAAUGACAUGGAGCUGCUAAGCACAGCCAUAUCCAAGCCUAUUACUGCAGAGCCAGAGAUCCAUGGCUGCCAGCCAUUAGAUGGUGUCACUGGAUUUUUGGUCCUUAUGUCAGAAGGACUUUACAAGGCUCUGGAGUCAGCCCACGGGCCUGGACAAGCCAACCAGGAGAUAGCAGCCAUGAUUGCCACAGAGUUUGCCAAGCAGGUUUCUCUGGAUGAAGUGGCACAGGCUGUAGUGGAGAGGGUAAAACGGAUUCACCAUGAUACUUUUGCUAGUGGUGGCGAGCAUGCCAAGUUUUGCACUAAACACGAAGAUAUGACUCUGCUUGUGCGGAACCUGGGCUACCCACUGCAGGAGAUCACUCCACCAACACUCACGCCCACCCAAGGUGGGCGUAUCUAUCCAGUGUCUGUGCCGUAUUCCAGUGCUCAGAAUACCAGUAAAACAAGUGUUACACUGUCAUUGGUGAUGCCAUCGCAGGGUCCAAUGGUGAAUGGAACACACAGUAACUCAACGCUGGAUGGAACAACGCCAACACUGCAAUCUCCAAGUGCUACUCUCCAGUCCACCAACACUCACACUCAAAGCAGCAGUUCCAGUUCUGAUGGCGGCCUGUUCCGAUCUCGGCCAUCGCUCUCUUUGCAGCCAGAUGAGGAUGGCCGUGUGGAACCCUAUGUUGAUUUCACAGACUUUUACCGUCUUUGGAAUGCAGAGCAUAAUGAUCCUGUAGCUCUUCUCACUGCUCAGUGAUAUGAACAUUAAUGACUAUAUUUACCAACAUUUCUGUGAAGAACAUCACAAAGGGACCCUGAACUCUAAGCUGUCAAACAUCUCAUAUCCCCCUGCCUAGAGAAUCCUAGCAACAAAGUGAUCUGAACACAGUACUUUCUCGUAAAUAUGGGGCUAACUGCCCCUCACAAACCAGUGGGACACAGUGGUUAUUGUGCUGUUCUCUUGGAAGAACCAUGGCCCUAAAAUCUCUGGGCCAGUGGUAAUCCCUUACCAUUACAGUGUAUGACACACACAGUUCUUCCUUCGGCAAACGACUGGGGCAUUAAAAGACAUUGUUUAUGUUCCCUGGUACUUUUUUUUAUCCCUGUACCAUAGGAACACACCUAUAUACUAUAUGAAGAGAACCAGCAAUUCUAUGUUCCUAGAAUAUUCCUUUCCUUCAUUCUUAACUUGCAUUUAUAGAUACGAGUGGAUGGUAAUAUGUUGUUGCCCGAGAAAAAGCAUUUGUGUUAGAAUGAAAUAACAUCCCUUCUCACAGUCAGAGCAAGACCUUUCUUUUGCCUUUGUCUGUGCAGAAUGCCUCAUUGAGUCCCACUCAUAUGUAUAAAUCCUGUGCCCACAGGAAGCUUUAUACAUCGCACUAAAUAAAUAAAAUAUUUUGA